ACGAGAGUAAUGGAUCUCUCAUGCUUCUAUUUGACUUAUUAAGUAACCCGGGAUAAAGUACCUGUAAUCCUUUCACUGCGUGUGUGUGCGUGCAUGUGUAACAAAAAGAGAGAAUAAACACAAGGCAUUGCCUGCCCCGGGGGAAAGAAAAGGUGAUGCCAAGAAGCCCCUUCCUGCUUUCUGAGCCAUAUUUAAUCUUCCUUCGGGGCUGAGCACUCGCGGAGCCAGCAAAGGCAGACUUCGAAGCUCGAGUCCACCGCCGCAGCACCCAGUCUACCCCGCAGCAGAGGCCAGCUAAACCCGCAGGCUCUGCGCAGUUCCGAGGUCGCAGUGGGGUUGGGAAGGGGGUGCGGGGUUGGCAGAAGGAAGGGCAGAGUCCGGGCAGCUUCAGCGUCAGCCUCUUCCUGGCGCACGCUCCAGAGCUUGAACGCGCAAGCGCCAGAGCGGGGAGACAGACUUCAAAAAAAAAAAAAAAAAAAAAAAACCAACUCUGCCUGUUUCCCCGUCACCUGAGCUCCCUGCGAAGCUACAGCGGUAACCCCGGCAGCGCAGACUCUGCACCACCACCCCCAGCGGUCCGGGGGACCCGUGACUCCUUUUCCUGCCCCGCCAGUCCAUUCCCUUCUAGGUCCCCUGGGCUUCUCUCCUGCCCUAACCUAAGCUGGGGCGGGGGUCUGUGAUCAUGGCCUCUCUUUUCAAGAAGAAGACGGUAGAUGAUAUAAUAAAGGAGCAGAAUCGAGAGUUACGAGGUACACAGAGGGCUAUAAUGAGAGAUCGAGCAGCAUUAGAAAAACAGGAAAAACAGCUGGAACUAGAAAUUAAAAAAAUGGCCAAGAUUGGUAACAAAGAAGCGUGCAGAGUUUUAGCUAAACAGCUUGUGCAACUGAGGAAACAAAAAACUAGAACUUUUGCCGUAAGUUCAAAAGUCACUUCUAUGUCCACACAAACUAAAGUAAUGAACUCCCAAAUGAAGAUGGCUGGAGCUAUGUCAACUACUGCAAAAACAAUGCAGGCAGUUAACAAGAAGAUGGAUCCACAAAAGACAUUACAAGCAAUGCAGAAUUUCCAGAAGGAAAACAUGAAAAUGGAAAUGACUGAAGAAAUGAUCAAUGAUACAUUGGAUGACAUUUUUGAUGGAUCUGAUGAUGAAGAAGAAAGCCAGGAUAUUGUGAACCAGGUGCUUGAUGAAAUUGGAAUUGAAAUCUCUGGAAAGAUGGCCAAAGCACCAUCAGCUGCCCGAGGUUUACCAUCUGCAUCUACAUCAAAAGCAUCUACAAUCUCUGAUGAAGAGAUUGAAAGACAACUUAAGGCUUUGGGAGUAGAUUAGCUGAAAUUUAUUUAUGAUCUAUUAAUGAUUUACAAUCAGCAUAAAACUGGCAUUGUAAAUUCUUUUUACAGAACUUACUUAUUUUGCAAAAAAUACAGUCAAUGAAGUUUCAAUCCAUACCUUGUUUUAAGUCUUUUUGCCAAAGAAUGAUUUACAAAAAAGAGAAGACAUUUGAAUCUUAAUUACCAAAUACUUUGAAAUGAUUAUGUCUAAACUUCUUCCCUGCAUGUUAUAUUAUAAAAUUCUAUUAAGGUUAGUGCCAGAUCGUACUUGCAUUCUAAAUCUUUUCUCCCCAUGUAGAGAAAUGACACUAAGCACCAAUAUAAAGAAUUGCAAUAGAUUCAACUGACAGGAGACCUUUAUCUGCUGCUUGUAUUUUGAACCUUGGCCACAAGAACUGCAAUUAUCAAAUUACAUUUAAAAUGCUUUGAAACAAAAGCCCUCUUUCGAUAUGUAAAGUUUGUAGUUUUUUAAAAACAUUCUUGGCACCUGCCUUAAAUUCUUGUAGCACAAAAAAUUCUGUGCACUUCUCUAAAUUGUUGGUAUGAAACUUGAAUGAUCAGUUUUAAACUUAAAUGGUGAUCUAAUUUGACAGUUCUUGAGGUUUCUUAUCUGGGACCUAUCACUUUACUUGACUAGUUAUACACAGAACUGGUAGUUAGGAGACAAUUCUAAACCUAACUCCAACUAGUGGUAUGGCCUUGGAAAAGUCAUAUCCCCUCUCAGGACUCUUUCCUUAAGCUGUAAAAUGAGAGGGUGUCUACAAGAAGACGUACAAAAUGUCUCUUCCAGCUCUAAAAUUCUGCAAAAUUAACCAUAAAGGACACUGAUUUCAUUUUGUUAAGAAAAUAAUGUAACAAUUUGUUGAUCCUUGAAAGAAUUAUUGUGCCUUUCUCUAUGUGAAUCCUACUUUUCCUUCCACAUUCUUAUGAGCUGAAUUCAUCCUUAGAUUGAACCUUCUUUCCAGAUGCCAUGUGUCCAGUAUAAAGCACUACUAAUACUAAUAUAGUAGCAGAGGAUAUUAAACAUUGCAAUUUUAAAGCAAAACUAAUUGAAGUUUUUGUAAAUAAACUUUUGUCAGAAAAACGCUGCCUAAAAAGUGUAUUAAUAUGCUAUGCUGUAUUUUUUUAAAGUAGAAAUGCUGUGGUAUUUACUGUGUAUAUAUUGGAAAAUUUGAGCAGAAAUAGGUUCCUUUAAGUUUUUUUGUGUUCAUUCAGUUUCAUUUUUUAAAGUAACUUAAUGGUAGAAAAUAUAUUUAAUGCUUUUUCAUUAAGAAUAUGUCAUUGUAGACUUGGAGAGACGAGAGUCAAGUCAUGUGGAAUAUUGAGAAUGGUGAGGGUUGUUUGCUGUUAAGAUGAUGAUUUAAUCUUGAUCAAAACCCAAAAAAGGGAGAACAAUUUUCACUUUGAUUUAGGAUUUGAUCAUGGGAAUUCUUUAGUUCGCAUAGCAUUGCUGAACAUUAAAUGCCCAUUUCAAAUUACUGGAUUACAAAAAAAGAAAUUUUUUUGGUGCUCUUAAGUGUAAAUAAUAGUGCUGUUUACUUCUUUUUCAUUUAUUUUGGGGGCUCUUUCUUCAUUUUUUAUAAAUUAUUUUGUUUUAAAAAAUCCAAUAAAGGUUUAAUUCCUGGA